AUGCGUGAGAAACGGUUGGAGGCUUACGCACUUUACGAAUCCUUGCCGAUGCCGCAUACGACCAAAGAUGAUGUAUGGCGACGCACCGUCGAUAUGCGUACCCAAGAUUAUUGGCGGCGCACUCGGCGACAUCUCAGCGGCUUCGCACUCGAAAAAUAUCAUCCAAAUGCUCCAACGAACGGUAAACCAUCCGCCGAAGCUUUAGAUUACAACGACGAAGAGACAGCAGGCGUGCUUGUGCAAGUUGAUGGACAACUCCAAUACGCCUCCACCACUGAAACGCUGAAAAAAAAAGGCAUAUAUUUCGCAGAUCUCCACACCGCUCUACAUGAGCAACCCGAGUUACUUCGCACCUAUUUUAUGAGUAAGGCAGUUACUUUGGAGACGACGUUAAAAAGCGGGAAUAUUGCACAGUAUAACAAGUUUGACGCACUUCACGGUGCUUUUUGGCAAGGUGGUUACGUUCUGCAUGUCCCUAAAGGCGUAAGAGUUGAAGAACCGCUGCAAGUCUAUAUCAAGAUGUCCGAGGCGGAACAUGCCGACCUAUCGCAUACGCUUAUCAUCGCUGAAGAGGGUAGUCAGGUUGUGAUCUUGGAAGACAAUUCAUCUACCAAUCCAGAUGCGGGGGGUUUGCAUAGCGGAGCAGUAGAAAUUUUCGCGGAACAGAAUGCGAACGUGACUUACGCGCAGAUUCAACAGUGGAAUCGCCAGGUUUGGAACAUCGCCUCACAUCGCGCUAUGGUUGGCAGAGACGCACAACUCUGUUGGGUAACCGCCUCCUUUGGUGGUAGGAUGAGCAAGAUAAACCAAGCUGUUGUCUUGGAAGGUGCCGGAUGUAACGCUCAAAUGUUGGGAUUGGCUUUCACCGAUGCACGGCAACACUUGGAUGUCAGUACUGCCCAAGAGCAUAUCUCACCGCACACCACCAGCGAUCUGCUCUAUCGGACAGUCCUGAAAGAUAGAUCACAGACGGCGUGGGGUGGGAACAUCUACGUUUAUCCGUCGGCGAACCACACCGAUGCGUACCAGAAAAACGACAACUUACUGCUCAGCGAGCGUGCGCAUGCGGAUACGCUGCCCGGAUUGGAAAUCCAAGCACACGAGGAGCAACUCACAAUGAGUCAACCCAGAAUUAUCGCUUACAUGAAGCCCGUCUGUGGGUGGAGCAAUGGUGUCCGUGCCAUCUUCGCCAAAUACGAUUUGGAGUAUGAAGAUAGAGACAUCAUUAACAAUGAAAACAACUAUCGUGAAAUGGUUCAGAAGACGCGGCAGUCUUAUCAGCCCUGCGUCCAGAUUGACGAUAUAGUGCUCGCCGAUGUCAGCGGCGAUGAAGUGGAAGAGUAUCUGAUUUCUGAAGGGAUUGUCCAAACCAGUGAGGCUGAAACCGAUGUCCCAACCGAUCAGGCAUGUGAGGACCACGGACCUUCUGCUGUCAAUAUCGGCUUCCCAAGCACGUAG